AUUUCUCUAAACGAAUACUAUUGGAACUAUUUCAAGAGUAAAGUGAUAAAGUAUUCUGAUGAUUGGAACAAAUAUAAUGUGCAUUUAAAAGCGUGUUGGGAACAUAAAUACAAAAAUAUUAUAACAGACUGGCUACCAGCUUGGUCAAAGCCGGGCCCGGUGUGGGUUGUGAGCGCUUGCGGCGCGGUGCCUAGUGGAGCUGUGGCAGCCGGCGUCUUCGAAGGAGAGAUCACAUGGGUGGCUCGCACCACGCACAAAUGCAACGUGUUGCCAGCCGCACUGCACCCCUCCAAACAUUGCUGUUUAGUGUACGCUGAUGGAGCUGUGCACCAUUACACUAAGUAUCAAGUGAUGUGCAACGCGCACGUGCGGUGGGUGGCGUGGCGGGCGGGAGAAGCAGGUGCGCGUGCAGUGCGCGUGGCGGCGGGCGUGCACGUGGGCCGCGUGCUCUACCGCCACUCGCACCUGCUCGGCGCCGUGCUCGCGCCCCACUACCGCUGCCACGUCGUCAUCUUCGGCCGACCCUUCGCCUUCAGCUGCUACGAGCUGCUCGUGCUCACCGCGCUCGACGACCCCUUGUGACGGUCACGUCUUUUGGACUUAGCCGGGAUAUUACUUUAUAUAUGCAAAUGGUUACAAUGUGUGUCGCGAUAUUUGGUCUUUGUAUUUGUAGAUGUAUGUCCAAACUUCGAUGUAAUAUUAUACGUUUUAAAAUUUUAUUUAAAGCUCGUAUAUUAUAGACAUCAUUGUUCUAAAUUCUAAUUAUGGAAUAUGUUACGGUAUCAUCCCAUAUCUCAUUUGAGACAUUCAGUUUUGUUAGUAAUAUAUUUAUUAUUUAAUUUAACACAUUUUAUUA